GUUUGUUGUCCGCUAGAAUGGAUAGUAACUUGUGCAGGUGAGAGUUAUCUAGUAAAGAGAGUUUUUCGUGGAGAAAUGGAGGCUGUUUUCAUGAGGUUUGACUCUUAUAACUUCAAGGCUGAUGAGAGGUUCCAGACUGGCCUGGUCUCUCUCGAGAGGUCUGAAAUCGGCAGCGAUGAAGCCAAAGUUUUGGACAUGAAGUUAUUCUUUUAUAACCGGUUUGUUGAACCCAUCGACUCAGCGGGGUACAAACAGUGGCACUUUGGUUCUUCCGGUGUGAGACUGGACUGCAGUGUUGCAAGUUCAGACUGCAGCAUCAGCACAAAAACUGAGGACACGUGUGCAGACACAGCUGCACCCCAGCUUUCCUUUGAGGAGGUGAUGCGACUAGUUCAGGCAGGCGAGGAAGUGCCCGGAGUGACAAAACUGGACAUACAGCCGAGCAACCAGGACCCCACUCCCUCUCAAAUGGAAAGGAGACCAAAACCCUGGGAAACAUCAGUGUCACAGUGACCUUACUCAGUCAUAGCCUCAUGUGUAUAGACUAUAUAUCUGACAGUAUGCCCAACUUGGCCAAAGAUAUCUGACAGAGCUGUCCUGCUCCUAAAUAAAGGUGAUGGUUGCUAGGCAAGUGGAGAAUAGGAUCAAGGUCUAUGAAAGAGACAUGUUAUAGGUGAGUUCAGUGCCAGCUGAAACACUUAAGGGGGGCGGGGCUUGCACCACACCACUCAAAUGCCUUCCUUUCUCCCAAUUCCUCAUCAUUAUCACUGCUGUCAUAUGUCAAGAGAAAGAGACAUCAACACAUGACUUCUGCAAUGCCUCUGUGGCACCCGAGAACUAGAGGGUGUCUCCUCACAUGAGGAGCCAGCUGUGACAGCAUGCAGGUGUCAAGCCACAGGGAGCUCUGCAGGAGGCUGCAGCGCUCAACACAAGGCCAGGAGUUGUUUUCAAAUGUGUCACUGCAGCAUAACUGACUGCUGUUGAGUAUAAGUAUCUCUGGUUGUAAUUUUGCACAAUUUCACCAUUAUCUCAAACUUACUUUCAAUUGAUGCAACUCAAACAUGGCUCAGGUUGCUCAAUGCAGUCUGCUUACUACUUUAAGAAGGAAGUUGUGCCUUGCAGCACAAGGCACAACUUCCUCCAUUCCUUUAACUGGGAAAGUAAAGCAAAGCAUGAGAUUUCUAUGGCUGUGAACACCACUCAGACUCUAAAAUGUUUAUGUCCUUAAGUGUCUCUAAUCUUUGCUCUGCACUGUUUAAGUGUAUUUUCUGUGUUGAGAAUCAACAUUUCAACAAUGGUGGUGAUGCAUGCCUGCACCUCUUGGGGCUACAGUAAACAAUUAUCUCAAAUAGGAAGUCACUGCUAUGAUAUGACAGCUACACAUGAAAAAGUAUAAUCACAAAGCUUAAAUAUAAAUUCAUUAGAGACCUUACAUUCUUGAUUUUAUAUAGUUCCUGUUGAAACGGGAUGGUUCAUAGAUGUGUUACUGGUGGGGAUGGGAUAGAUGGAUGAGAGAGGAUGUUUGAAGAUUUGUGA